AACCCAACGUCACAACUCACAACCCCCUUCUUCUUCUUCUUCUUCUUCUUCUUCUUCUUCUCUCUUCCUCUCUCUUCCUCUCUUUCACCAAUGGAGAAACCAUCAUCGGCGGCGGAGCAAGACCCGGAGAGCUCGCAGCAUCACCUCACAGUCCCCUCUGGACUGACCCAGUCCGAGUUCGACGACCUCAAGCCCGUCGUGGCCGAGUUCCACACCUACCGUGUGGGCCCUGGCCAUUGCUCCUCCCUACUCGCGCAGCGAAUCCACGCGCCGCUGGAGACGGUGUGGAAGGUGGUGAGGCGGUUCGAUAAGCCGCAGACGUACAAGCACUUCAUCCGGAGCUGCACAGUGAAAGAAGGCUUCGUAAUGAGCGUGGGAUGCACGAGGGACGUGAAUGUAAUUUCCGGGCUGCCGGCGGCGACGAGCACGGAGAGGCUGGACUUGCUGGACGAGGAGAGGCACGUGACUGGUUUCAGUAUUAUAGGAGGGGAGCACAGGUUGAGGAAUUACCGGUCGGUGACCACCGUGCAUGGGUUUGAGCGCGACGGGAGGAUCUGGACAGUUGUUCUGGAAUCGUACGUGGUGGAUGUGCCGGAGGGGAACAGCGAGGAGGACACGCGGCUGUUCGCGGAUACGGUGGUGAGGUUGAAUCUGCAGAAGCUGGCGUCGGUGACGGAAGCCAUGGCCCGUGACGGUGACGCUAACUCCCAGGUCUGAGUUUCUGUGUUAAAACAAAAAUGGCAGUUUUAUUUUGGCGUUUGUUUCUAUUUUGUAUCUCCUCCUCUCUCUCUCUCUCUCUCUCUCUCUCU